AUGGCCACUUUCUUGACUAAGUUUACCAGAAUUCCUCUUAAGGACAUUGCUAAAGCCGCUGACUCUCUUUUCCCAGAGCUCAACGCUGAAGCUAAGGCUUUGGCUUCCCAGUUCACCACCUUGUCUAACAGACUCAACGAGCCAGAGUCUUUGGUCACUUUGAACAACAACUUGAGAACCAAGACUUUCAUUGUUGGCCACACUCCAGCUAAGGUUGACUUGGAUGUCUUCGCCAAGGUCUUGCCUGUUGCCCAGCAGUGGAAGCUGGCUGAGGAGUACGCCCAGUUCAGACACAUUAUUAGAUGGGCUGACUUGGUUCAGAACACUCUUGUGGAAGUGCCACAGGAGGAGCAGUUGAAGGUCAACUUCGACACUGAGGUUCCUCGUGAGAUUAAGGAGAAGAAGAAGCCAGCCAAGGAAGGUGCUGCUGCUGCUGGUAAGGAGGCUGCUCCAGCUAAGGCUGAGAAGGCUGCUUCCCCAGCUGAGUCUGGUAAGAAGGAGAAGAAGCCAAUCUCUGAGGAGGACAAGAAGGCUUCUGCUGAGGCUGCUAAGGCCAAGAAGGCUGCUAAGGCCAAGGCCAAGGCUGAACAACAAGCUAAGCAGGCCGCUGCUGCUGUUCCUCCAAACCCAGGUAUGAUCGACUUGAGAGUUGGUUUCAUCCAGAAGGCUGUCAAGCACCCAGAUGCUGACUCCUUGUACAUGUCUACUAUUGACAUGGGUGACGCUGAAGGCCCAAGAACUGUGUGUUCUGGUUUGGUCAAGUACGUUCCUUUGGAGGACAUGCAAGAGAGAUACGUUGUCUGUGUGGCCAACUUGAAGCCAGUCAGCAUGAGAGGUGUCAAGUCCUGUGCCAUGGUCUUGUGUGCUUCUAACGACACCACCGUGGAGUUCGUCAACCCACCAGCUGGCUCUAAGCCAGGUGACAAGAUCUUCUUCGAGGGCUACAAUGCUACCCCAGAGAAGCAAUUGAACCCUAAGAAGAAGGUUUGGGAGACUGUCCAGCCUGGUUUCAGCACCACCGAGAACUUUGAGGUUACUUACACUGCUGAGGGUAAGGAACCAGCUAAGUUGGUCAACGAGAAGGGCGAGCUCUGUAAGAACAGCACCAUUGCCAAGGCUGAGGUGAAAUAA